GGGGAGCCUGAGAUAUUUUGUGUGCCUACCUAGGUUUAUCAAUCAAGCGGCCAAACAGUCGAGCAUGGCGGCGGCGAGGGGCAAGUUGUGUGCAUCCAUGCCCGGUAUGGCCGCGGCCGCCUCUCGGCCCACCUUGGCAUGGCUGCGCUCCUCCUCCUUUGUGUCGCCGUCGCAGCAGCUGCUGCCCAAGGCGAUGAGAGCUUCACCCUCGCCAGUUGCCGUGAUGAGCCGGAGCCGCCCUUUUGCAACCCAGGCCGCUGUUAGCGUGGAGCCGUCGACGCUACAAGCUAAAGUCACCAGGAAGUGCUACUUUGACAUGAAGAUCGGCAACGAGCCGGUGGGUCGCAUCGUGAUUGGUUUGUACGGGGACGACGUCCCCAGGACCGUGGAGAACUUCCGAGCCUUGUGCGCUGGUGACAAGGGGUAUGGCUACAAGGGCUCUGCUUUCCACAGGGUGAUUAAGAACUUUAUGAUCCAAGGCGGAGAUUUCGAUAGAUGUGAUGGGACUGGUGGACGGAGCAUCUAUGGUGGAAAGUUUGAAGACGAGAAUUUCAAGCUGACUCACACUGGGCCAGGAGUUCUGAGCAUGGCUAACGCCGGGCCCAAUACCAACGGGAGCCAGUUCUUCCUCUGCACUGUCAAGACGGACUGGCUGGACAAGAAGCACGUCGUUUUUGGUCAUGUUCUCGAAGGCAUGGACGUGGUCAAGAUGAUCGAAACCCAGCCCACGGAUCGUGACGACCGCCCCAAAAAGGCAUGCGUCAUUGUCGAUUGUGGAGAGCUGUGACUCUAGGUUUGCCAAGUUUUGGAAUGAGUUAAGUUUUUGUCAACGACAAGGCUUUGCAAGAAACAAUGUCUUUUGUUUUCUAUGUGGGAACUUUGUCUCUCAACAAAAUGGUGAUCCUGUUGAAUGCAAA